AUGUCCAUACUGCGGCGUUUAAAAGUUGAUCCAAUUUCGGCUAAUAAAAGCCAGAAGCUGAAUAAAGCGACAAUAGCGCAACUAGGCGAGCACCAGCACAUCCGGGAACGCGGCCAGGUCAAGGUCACGGCCCGCGGAUCGAUGCAGCUACGACGCCGGUGCUACGCCCUGCUAUACCACCCCACCUCCCUACGGUGUUACGGCGCUACGGAGCACAAAUGCUACGCCCGAUUCGGAGGCGGGGAAGAACAGGAACGUCUGCCCACCUUUGCGGCCAGCGCUCGAAUGGCCUUCCCAACGCUUCAGGCGGUCGAGGGGUGCGGGGAGGGAGGUAGGGAGAUAUGUUUACCCACCAGUCCCACCCCGCCGUGCCAGCUGAGCGGAGGCACGCUAUAUUUAGGUUGCGCUGUAAAUACUUGCUCCAAGUACGGAAAACGCCUGCCUCCCCAUUGGGGG